AUGGAAAGUGUAAAUUUUGGUGGUGAUAAUCCGUAGCCACGUUUCGGUCAUACAAUAUGUGUAAUAGCACCUAACAAGAUUGCAUUAUUCGGGGGUAAAAGCUAUGUGUAGUAUUUGAAUAGGUGCAGUAGGAGACACAGGAAGAUAUGUGAUUACAGGUGAUGUGUAUAUAGGAGACAUGACAACGAAGAAAUGGAAGAGAAUUGAAGCAAGUGGGAGUGUACCAACAAAUAGAGCAGCACAUUAAGCGUUAGCAAUAGAAUUGAAUUAAAUGAUUAUAUUUGGAGGAGCUGUAGGUGGAGGAGGAUUAGCAGAUGAUAAUUUAUAUGUAUUUGAAUUAAGAGAUGACACAGGAACAUGGGUAACAGUACCAGUAAUAGGUACGACCCCAGGUAGAAGAUAUGGACAUACUAUGGUUUUGAUUAAACCACAUUUAAUAGUGUUUGGUGGUAAUACAGGUUAGGAACCUGUCAAUGAUGUUUGGAGUUUUAAUUUAGAGAAAUCUCCCUAUUCUUGGCAGAAGUUGGAGUGCUCUUCUGAAUAGCCAAGUGUGAGAGUUUAUCAUUCUGCUGCAUUAUGUACAACAGGAUCAGCAAAUGGAAUGAUGGUAGCAUUUGGAGGUAGAACCAAUGAUUAAGGAGCUUUGAAUGAUACUUGGGGGUUGAGAAAACAUAGAGAUGGAAGAUGGGAUUGGGUGAGAGCUCCAUAUAGAAAUUAAACUGAAUAGCCAUUGCAAAGAUAUUAGCAUUCAACUUUAUUUUUGGGGACUUUGAUGAUGGUGAUAGGAGGCAGAUCAAAUAAUGUUGGGGAGACUUUGCCUUUUGAAAUAUAUGAUACUGAAACCUCUGAUUGGUAUAAGUUUCAGGCAAUUCAAAGAUUCAGACACUCUUCUUGGUUGGUUGAUUAAUUUCUGUAUUUGCAUGGAGGAUUUGACUCUGAUUAACCAAACAUUCCAACAGAAGGCAUUUUAAGAUUGAAUUUAAAUACAAGAUUUGCUUAAACUCCUUAAUUGUUAAGACAAAUGAAUACUCUAAGGACUGAUCAAUCAUUCACCUAAUCAUUCAAUCCAAGACCACCAACCAACCAAACAUAAACGUAAGAUCAAUUCAGAAGAACAAAUCAAUAAUAACCAUAGGCCAGAAGUAAAAUUAACUAUCAUAUUAGAUUAAAAUAAUAAUUAGUAAGUACGAGUAUCUAGUGCAACUAACAAGAAUAUCCGAUUAGCAAAUCAAGCUAUUGUUGCUAUGACUUAUGGGCCAGAAGAGGAUAUAACAAAUUAAGUCAAGAAAGUACCAAUUGACAAAUUACAGGAUGAACAUAAGAAAUUGGGAGCUGGAUUUCAGGAUCCAAAUUCUCAAAAUAAAUCAUAGUUUUUAGAUUAAUUAUGCCAACCUUUCGUUUAAAACUUAUUGAUACCAAAAGAUUAUCAAUCCAUUCCACCCAAUUCUAAUUUGUUGACAGGGAUAAGAAAAGAAAUGAUAAUUAAAUUGUGUGAUGAAGUUCAAAGAGUUUUAGAUAAGGAACCAAUAGUUUUAAGAUUGAGAAGACCAAUCAAAAUAUAUGGAAAUCUAAAUGGUUAAUUUUUAGACUUGAUGAGAUUUUUUGAUCAUUUUAAAGCUCCAUAUGAUAAUUUGUAUAACGGAGACAUUGAUUCAUAAGAUUAUUUGUUUUUGGGUGAUUAUGUAGACAGAGGAACAAGAUCAUUGGAAAUAGUGCUAUUAUUAUUCACUUUGAAAUUAAAAUAUGCAGAUCAAAUUCAUCUACUUAGAGGACAUCAUGAAGAUGCUAAAAUCAAUAAAAUUUAUGGAUUCGCAGAUGAAUGCUUUCUAAAAUUUGCAGAAGAUAUCAUGGAUCCUAAUAGCAUAUAUUAGAGAAUCAAUAGAGUUUUUCAGUAUUUGCCAUUAGCAGCAGUGAUUGAAGAUAAAAUCUUAUGUGUUCAUGGUGGAAUAGGAUAGACUAUGCGAACAGUAGAUGAAAUUGAACUUAUUUAAAGACCAUUGGAAAUUGUACAUGAUCCAAAAACCGUAUUUGAAUUAAUUUAAUUUUUAGUACUAAUAGAAGAUUGCUUUGGAGUUAUUAUGGUCAGAUCCAUGUUUGGCUGAAGAGGAAUUAGAGAAUCAACCAAAUCCAGAGAGGGACAUAUUCUAAAAUAGACAAAUUAUAAGAUUUGGAACAAACAGAGUUAGCAAAUUCUUAUAAGAAAAUAAUUUGAACAUCAUUAUAAGAUCGCACGAACCAACUCAAGAAGGAUUUGAAAGACAAAAUAAUAAUGUCAUUACAGUGUUCUCUUGUCCAGAUUACGGUGCCAAUUCUCAAAAUAACAAAGGAUGUACCCUAUUUUAUUAAGACUUAAGCCAUGCUCACUAUUUCCAAGAGAGGUGAGAUUAUUCCCAAAGUUAUUUUACCUGUAAAUUCUACUUCGGAAUCAAGAUGGAUGGAUCUAGAAGAAGCAAUCCAAAGGAAGAAAGGAUUCGCCAAAUAUGUAGUUAUAGACAAUGAUGAAUUACAAUGGAGAAAAAGAUAGUUCACACCACUCAGAUCUAAGAAAUCCUAAUCUUAAAAGUAAUUCGCAUGA